GAAAUGCCUCGAUUUGUAUAUUUUUGUUUUGCAUUAAUAGCUUUACUACCAAUCUCAUGGACAAUGGACGGAAUUCUGAUAACUGACGUGGAAAUCCACGUGGAUGUUUGUCAAAUAUCGUGUAAAGCGAGUAAUACGGCUAGCCUAUUGAUAAACGAUGCUCCCUUCACCCCAAUGUGCAACUCUGCGGGAGAUCAAAUAUUUUUCACAUAUAACGGAACUGCCGCAAUUUCGGACCUUAAAAAUGUGACAUUUAUAUUGGAGGUCACAACUGACACUAAAAACUGCACGUUUACCGCUAAUUACACCGGAUACUUCACUCCGGAUCCCAAGAGCAAGCCAUUUCAGUUAGGAUUCGCAAGUGCCACGUUGAACCGAGAUAUGGGAAAGGUAACGAAAACAAUCAUGGAAGAUUCGGGGGAGAUGGUGGAACAAGAUUUCAGUAAUUCAAGCGCAGUGCCAACGCCGGCAUCAACCACGCCGUUACCUCAAUCAACAGUUGCACAUUUGACGAUUGCUUACGUCCACUUACAAUACGAAGAAACAAAGACGGUUGUGAAUAAAAAUGGCGGAGCGGUUGCCGUUGCAGUCAUCGAAGGCAUCGCCUUGAUUGCUAUACUUGCAUUUUUGGGGUAUCGAACUAUGGUGAACCAUAAAUUGCAAAAUUCAACAAGGACUAAUGGAUUGUAUGGAUAUGAUAAUAAUAAUAGCUCGCGAAUUACAGUACCAGAUGCUAUGCGAAUGAGUGAUAUUCCACCACCACGGGACCCGAUGUAUGCCUCACCUCCAACGCCACUGUCGCAGCCGACGCCGGCAAGGAAUACGGUAAUGACAACUCAAGAACUCGUGGUCCCGACGGCGAAUUCAUCGGCCGCACAACCUUCAACAACCUCAAAUGGGCAAUUCAAUGACCCCUUCGCUACAUUGGAAAGCUGGUAAUACACCCAUAACUUCUUUAUUUUUAUUCCAAUAAUAUGAUUUUGAAAAACUAUUAAUCUUACCUGUGCAUCAAUAAAGAUCUUGUGAGU